UUCACCGUGCAAAACCCGGUGGUGGGUUGAUCUCCACAUGGCUGAGAGAGUAGUGUCACAGUAUCAAUGGAUCUGGAACUUUGGAAUGACAUAUGAGAGGGGAAGGUUGCUGAAAAACGUGCCCGAAGCUGACGUCAUCAAUGUGCUGAAGGCCUACAUCAAAGCUAUGAAACCAGUGGAAAAAAUUUGCACUAUACUAGGUGGAGAAAAGUACGCCACUUGCAGUUACAUUCUCCCAAUGCUGUACCUCCUAGAUCCCGACAGCCCUCUCUAUGGAGGGGAUGAUCUUCUUAACUUAGGCGAGCCAAACCCUGAAGCGGCUAAUGAUGAUAUACCCCUCUCUGCCAACCCAGAGAUGAUUCCCACAAACAUCCAAAAAAGUGUGGUUAAGUUCCUCAAGAAAAGAUUUAAACCAGAUCCGGAGGACGACCACCGCGAAGUUGAUUAUGUGUCAGCAAGGGAGUGCUACGGCGUGCUUGCUAGGUGCUCUUUCCUUGACCCGCGGUUCAGGGAUGAGAUACUUGAAGAGGACCGUGAUCACGCAAAAGCGCUUCUUUUAGAAGACGCAAAGACCAUGGUGCCACCCUCAGGGAACUCAACAUCUGGAUCUAACUCAGGAGGUAGUAACGUUGCCGCGGUGAAAACCUUGUCAAAAAUUUUCAAAAAACGGCGGCUUGCUGCUGCGUUUGGAGAUGAUGAAGACGGAGGGGUUGGCUCAGACUCCCAACCUACAAUGGAGGCGAGGCUUCAAGCAGAGAUGCAGCGCUAUGAACAGCUUCCUCCCAUCGAAACAGACUCGGAUCCGUUCCAGUGGUGGAAGGUGCACAGCGCAAGUCUCCCCAUCAUGUCAAAGUUAGCAAGGCAAUUUCUUAUCAUCACUGGGACCAGUGUGCCCUCUGAGAGGGUUUUUAGCACCGGCGGUGAUGUGAUCGUCGAUACAAGGUGCUCUUUAUCCGGGCACAAUGCGGAAAUUCUCAUAUUUUGCAGCAAGAACGAAAAGUACUUGCCAAUUGGCUAGUUGAGA